CGGCUUGUCAACUUUGGCCGCGACAACAGCACACAGCCUUGAGACCCUCUUCUUAUCCCUCAUAAUUCGGCUUCUGGUCUGCAUACUUGAGCCUUGCACGUUGACUUCCCACGUCUUAAAUUCACCUCUGGAUUGCGGUGACACCCGGGCGGACCUUCCUGCGCGACCACGCCUUCAGUCACCUACCUUUCCCUUGCGCUGCGAUCUUCUACACGCAGCAGACCACAUCACAGCGAUAGGCGUACUUCGCUGACUGUCGGUACUAUCGAGGUUCUCCCAAAACGCCCAGCGCCUGCGCCUUGAGAAACCAUGGCCCUUCCUAAGAGGAUUAUCAAGGAGACGGAGCGUUUGAUGGCAGAGCCAGUCCCGGGUAUCAACGCAGUUCCCCAUGAAGACAACCUCCGCUAUUUCGACGUCACCAUCCACGGACCCUCACAAUCUCCAUAUGAAGGAGGCAUCUUCAAGCUAGAGCUGUUUCUUCCGGACGACUAUCCCAUGACGCCCCCAAAGAUCCGGUUCUUGACCAAGAUCUACCACCCAAACAUCGACAGACUUGGGCGUAUCUGCUUAGAUGUCCUGAAAAACAACUGGUCCCCGGCCCUCCAGAUCCGCACAAUACUUCUCUCCAUCCAAGCGCUCCUGGGCGCCCCUAACCCCGACGACCCUCUCGCAAACGAUGUGGCUCAGAAAUGGAAGGAAGAUGAGAAAGCAGCCAUCGAGACAGCUCGAGAAUGGACUAGGACUUAUGCGAAUUAGACGCGGUAUCGGCACAUCGGGCAGCAAUCGCCUAGCUCCCUUACGAACUUCAUAACGGCGUUUACGGCAAGAUUGUGGGUACAGCCGACUUUUCUAGACAUGCACCUUCGAAGAAGGCUUUGGAAGCGUCGGGCGUUCGCGAUUCGAUUGGUUGGCUUGACCUACUAUCUCCUUCGCAGCUGAGUGUUAAAUCGGUUGGCGAGUGCUUUCGAGACCCUCUAG